UCGAUAUUUAUGCGCACUUGCAAAUUGCAACCUCUAAGUUUAUUUGUUUACAAUUAUUUAGGUCUCUGUUUACAAAUAUGUUAUGGGUGGUUAUGUGGAAAGUGGUCGUGUUUACCUUAAUCCAGAUGGGGCCUCUACGCUCUUAAUCAAGUGCUGCCUUUGUAGCACAAGCACCUUUUCUGGAAAUCAAUUUGAGGAUUUUUUGAGGCAUCUGUCCAUCCACCAUUCGGGUGCCAGAAAGAUAAACGAUGAUGAAAUCCAGGACGAAGUCCAGGUGGAACUGGCAAACCUUAAGGAGUCGGGAAUGGCAGAAGCCCUGGGAGCUAGCUACAGUGAUGAUGAACAAGAAGAGUUCACCAAUGUGGAGUAUUUGAUCGAAGAAGAUGAGUUCAAUGCGUCAGAACAGGAAUUUGAUCAAUUAGAACAUGAAAAUAAGCACGUCUCGAUAGCCAUUUGCGAGGAUUGCGAUCGGCGGUUUCCAACCGAGCAACAGAUGCAGUUGCACAAAUUCCGGUUCCAUGGAGGGCCCAAUCCGAAUACCUGUCUGAUAUGCCAGAAAGGAUUCCCGAACGCCUCCAGGCUGCGUCAGCAUAAGGAACGAUACCACUUAAAAACGUUGAAGUGGCAGUGCCAUUUGUGCGACUACAAUGCCCCCUCGAAGUGGGAUUUCCAGCAGCACCAUAUUAUGCAUAGUGGCCUGCGGAAUUAUAUAUGCGAUUUAUGCGGCCAAAGUUGUAAGACGAGCUCCGCAUUGGCUGUUCAUCGGAGGAAACACGAACUACCAAAAUUAGACUGUACCUACUGCAAACGGAAGUUUCGGGAGAACUACACCUUGAGAAACCACAUGAGGAACAUUCACCAAAGAGAACCAUUCUAGAAAAGAUAUAGUCCCAAAUAAUCAGGGUUUUAUGAAAUUAUAAAAUCUCAUUCCGUUGAGGUUGAAGGCCAGGAGGACAUUGAUGAUCCCACGCAGCUUUAACUAAUAAUUUUUAUUGUAUAUAUUUACUCUUAUGAAAAAAAGUAUUUUUUGUAAAUACUAAUUUCCUAAAAUAGAACAAACUUUUAAUACAUA